UGGGCGGGGCAGGCAUCUGUCGUGUCCCGAGUCUCUCUUUCCAUCAGCUCUUCUGUCUUCUUCACACUUUUGUGGGAGCUGUAAAGCGAGUGGAGCUGAGAUCGGCGACGCCAAGGGGAAAAGCAGCGGAUCUGGAGGGCGACUGUCUUGACCCAGAGUGAGACAAAGGAAUAGGCGUGCGCUCUGAAGGAACUUUUUUUUCCUGAGAAAAGGGCUGAAGAUUAAGAACACAUUCCAAUAUGUUGGAUGUGGAUACAGGGAUCGUAGAAGAGUGGUUAUCAGAAUUCAAGACAGUACCAGAAACAUCUAUAGCAAGUUAUGCUAAAAAUUUGAAAGACAAGAUUUCCUUGGUUUCAUCUUUAUAUAAAGUUAUUCAAGAUCUACAAAAUGAGUUGCUGGAACCAGUCUGUCACCAGUUAUUUGAAUUUUAUCGCAGUGGUGAGGAACUUCUUUUGCAGUUCACACUUCAGUUCCUUCCAGAAUUAAUAUGGUGCUAUCUUGCUGUUUCUGCUAGUAAAGACCUACAAAGCAGUGGCUGCAUAGAAGCACUUCUACUAGGAGUUUACAAUUUGGAAAUAGUUGACAAACAGGGGAAUAGUAGGAUCCUAAGCUUUACAAUUCCAUCUUUAUCUAAACCUUCAGUAUAUCAUGAACCUUCCAGUAUUGGUUCAAUGGCUCUUACUGAGGGUGCUUUAUCUCAACACGGUUUAUCCAAGGUUGUAUAUAGUGGACCUCAUAUGCAGAGAGAAAUGUUGACAGCUCAAAACAGAUUUGAAGUAUUGACAUUUCUUUUGCUGCGAUACAAUGCUGCCUUAAGCUAUAUGCCUGCGGUUUCUCUUCAGUCUUUAUGUCAAAUCUGUUCAAGAAUCUGUGUUUGUGGAUACCCUCGCCAGCAAAUAAGAAAAUAUAGAGGCAUAAACAGCAGAAUUCCAGUCUCCUCUGAAUUCAUGGUGCAAAUGUUAACAGGGAUUUAUUAUGCUUUUUAUAAUGGAGAAUGGGAUCUGGCUCGCAAAGCAAUGGAUGAUGUUUUAUACAGAGCACAAUUGGAGUUAUAUCCAGAACCUCUAUUGGUAGCUAAUGCAAUAAAAGCUUCAUUGCCUCAAGGUGCCAUAAAAUCUAACAAAGAAGGUACUAAAUGUAUUCAGGUUGAAAUUACUCCUACAGCAUCGAGGAUAUCAAGAAAUGCUGUGACCAGCAUGUCUAUUCGGGGCCAUAGAUGGAAAAGACAUGGAGUCAUGCUUGAUGAUACAGGUGCUGAAGUUCAAGAGGCAAUGGUUAGGACAAGUGUUUGCUGCAGCAGAUAACAAACAAUAAGGCAUGAGCCUUGAUAAUAUUAGUAAAGCCACUGACUACAAUAAAGAUGAACAGUUAUUCUAUUAAGAAGAAGGAUAAUUUGCAAGGUAUGCAAGCAUUGCUGCAGAUCCUUAAUUAUCCAAUAUAUUGGAUGCUUUUUCCUUCAGGAAAAGAAUUUCAUAAUGUGACAAAAUGAAGAUGAAAUGAAGUACCAUUUUGGCUCCUGAUGGGAGAAUCUGGGGGCUAUUUUAUAGAUCAAUUUUCUAUGAAAUUACUUUGAUUUGUUACAAAUACAUGUAAGAGCUUCUACAUACUUCUAAUUACUUCUGCUGGAAAGGAGCUUGCAUUCAACAGGUUAUUAUUAGAACCUGGCUUGUUAGGAGAACAAGUCUAGAGUUUUAACUGGGUUAAAUAAAUAUUGACUUGUUCAGUGUUCUGCUGGCAGAACAAUAGCGGGAACAAUAGAAAAAUGUGUACCAGGGUAUUUGUUUUAUUAUUGUAUGACUAAAUUUUGAACACUGUUAAGUAUCUGUGAUAUGUGAACCACAAUAUGAAAAAAAAUGUAAAGACAUCUUUUUUAAAUGUUGGUUUAUAAUUCAGAAGAAAGUAACAUUUUGCUUCAAGAUAAACUAUAUUUUAAAAGAGAUGUACUUUCAUGUUUAGAUUUAUUUUCCAUAUUUAGUAUAAUCAUUUAUUUAUUAAUUUGAAAAGGGUGGCAUAUUCUUGGUUUUUCAAUAUUGUUAUCUCAGUUUUUGAAGUUGAUUAGAAUUUUGGAUUAUAUAUCCCUUAAGAUCUGACUUAAUAGACCUGAUCACCACUGUUGCUGCUUAAUCUGCUAUGCAAUUGUGAGACGGAAUUAUUCAUUGAGAUCCAGACAAAAUGCCAAAAAGCAUCUUUAAGAAAAUCAUGACCUUGUGGAGAAAUUAUGUUUUAAGAAAAUGGUAUAGUUUGCUGCUCUUUUCAGAAACAUGUUUUAUGCUCUGUCUUAUUCAGAAGCAUUGGUUUCUACUGAUUAUUUUUUAGUCAACUGGUUACAUAUAGGUCUAUUUCAGAAUUAGAAUACUUGAUAUAGUGUUUAUUUUUCCUUCUGGAUUAUAAUAGAAUAAUAUAAUCUCUAGGAGGCUUAAUUUUUUUGUAUCUAUUGUAAGUGUGGCUGAACAUUCACAUUAUAUUAUAAGAUAAAUUAAUGCACAUGUUGGUAAGGAAAAAUUAAACAGAAUUCUUCAAUUAACUAAAAUUGAUGCUUUGCCAUUAAACUGUCGUACUGUGAUACAAAGUAAAGAUUGCAAGAUGUUGAAAUCAGAUAACCUGUACCUAGAUCACAAAAGUGUAGACUAAUAUUUUUUUUUGUGAUAAACAGUGGUACCGUAAAUGCCGGCGUAUAAGACGACUUCUGCAAGCGCUGAAAUCGGCGCCAAAGACGGGGGUCGUCUUAUACACCGAGUCAUCUUAUACGCCGGAAAUACUGGUAGUUUCCGGCGUAUAAGACGACGUUCUAGGAAUGCGGCCCGGCUAUAAAGACGGGGGUCGUCUUAUACGCCGGGUCGCCUUGUACGUCGGUAUUUACGGUAAUACUGAUUGGAAUCAUUAAUCCCUCUUAAAAAUGGUAGAUAAUUUAGUCAGUAUUAAUGUUAAAGCAAAGAAAUGAAAAAAAAAUUAAAAGAAAAUUUGGAAUUGCUUUCUUAUUCAUUAUUUAAUUCCAGUGGAGCAGAGAAUGAAUGAAUGUGUGAUACAUGCAUCAUAGGGAGAAAAACAAAUUAAAUAUAAACACCAUCUGUAAGUUAAAUGCUAUAAUUAAAAAAACAGGGAGAUAAUAUUUUCCUUCUGCUAUUUGGCAUUCAUAGGACUUUUAAAUUUUAUUUCCAAUGUGCAGCUUCAGCUAUUUUGUAAAUUAUGGCUUAUGCAGAAUGCCUGAAUUAGUACAUGUACUGUAUGUAACCUCACCAUUGUUUUAAAGCAAUUUUCACUUUGUGUGACAUAGUUCAGUCAUAGAAGAAGAAAAACAUCUUUCCUGUCAAUUUCAUAACAUUCUGCGAAAAAGAACGGAAUUGAGAAUUUGCAACAGAAAACCACAACCCGUUACAGGUAGACUUUUGUUCAGAGAUAAACCAGGCUUUAAUAGUGGUUUGAGAGUGCAGGGAGGAAAGAGGGAAUCAAAAGGAGAAAGGCAUCCAGGAGAAUUAGAAAGAUGUUUUUAUUUUGUUCCCUAAAACAUCAGGCAUUUGGAAUGCUGUUUAUCCAUGUUUGGCCUAUAACAUAAAACAAAGUUGGUGUGCUUCAGGUUCUAUCAUUAAAUAGUGCUUUCUUGUGGGAUAAGAGGUCCAGAGAGUAACAGCUUUGUUGUUGUUUUUUUAAAAAAACCUUGAAGAUCUGACUUUUUGUUCAGGUUUUGGGCUACGAUGGUGUUACUUGCUAUAUUUAUAUAAAUAAAUAAAUGAUAAUAGGCAGACAAACAGCUUGAUGUGCUAUGCACUAUAUAACUUUUAUUAAAAAUAGCACCAUUGUUAAAGUUUGUGGGUAUGGGACUUCUAAUAAAACUAGCUUAGAAACUUGGUGCAAUACAGUAUGUUAAAACCACUUUUUAUUUUCCAGUAGGCCUAUUCUCAUUGAAAGGCAAUCAGUUAUCAAAAGGGGAUGUUUUGGAGAUAUCUGUUCUUAUUUAAUCAGCUAAAUGCAGAUUUGUAAAGAUCUUCUGAAAAGUUGUUUAUUCUUUCAACUGAAUUCUGUAAUAAUAUCUUAAAUCAUUAUUUUUCCAUUUGACAGGGUACUUACUUUGUAAAAAUGCUUAUGAUGACUCAAUACUUUUCACUUCCCUUUUCCUUUUAAAAGUGUUUUUGACUAUGUUUAUAUGGCGUCUAAGCAUACUUUUUUUAGUUUGGCAGAGCAUUCCAUUUUUAAAAAGAUUUAUGUUCUUGCUACAGCUUUCAGUUUAUUAGAGCUUGCUUUGUUCCAAGCUUUAGCCAAACUCACUGCCCCAUUUAUUCCUCAGCUGGUUCAGUGAAACCAUCCUAUAUACUCAACUAUCUUUGGUUUGUUUUUACUUUUUUUCUUCUUCCCAUGUCCUUUUAUUUUAUAUAAUGAUGUAGAAAUCAAUAAAUCACAAGUAAUUUUAAAUGUUCACACAUUUAUUAAGGAUGCACAUUUGAUUUUGUACCUUCAUAAAGAGAAAAAACAAAAUCCUUCUAAAGUAAUCUGAAUUGAGUUGGAAGUGUGAUGCUUUGUGCUAUGAAGCAAUGUACAGAGGGCAUUUGCAAAAAGAAAAAAACAAUGACUCUGUGCCCACUACAUUUAAUUUUUGUUUCAUGUGAAAACCUUUGAGAGAGAAGAAGCAGGAAGGAAAGAGUAAUAGAGAUUUUCUUAUAAUAUAAUCUCCUUUAUAGCUCCCUAGAUGUUUCAGUUUGUAUACCACCAAGAGUCUAUUGGAAUUGGGUGGCUACUAAAUUCAAAGGAAGGAAAAGGAAGGAGGGAGGUAUGAACUUGAAUCACAUUCUUUUUGUAGUAAUCCAUUUUGUCCCAAAACAAAACAAACUAAAGGCUCCAUUCUAAACCUCUUUAAAGGAGUGAAAGAGUGCUAUUCUCCAAAAUUCGGUCACCUAUAAGAUUGGCUAGAUUUCAUACCCUCAGUAGUGUCUAUGGCUGUAUAUUUUUCUGUGAAAAGCUACAGCUAUUUGUAGUUUUCCAGGGUAGUUACAGAAAGUAUGGGGAUUUGAUGAACUGGUCUAUUUCCUGAAUUGCUGAAUCAGGUCAAAUCCAAAUAUCAGUCAAUGCUUAUCACUUAUUCUGAAUAUUUCAAUUCAGUACAUAAGUAUACAACUGUGAGGUCAUUGUAACUAGCCAAACGUGUGCUUAAAGUAUCAGUCAUCAAACACUCCAAAACAAGUGAUUGUGAGUUGUAGAUGCAAAAUACAUAGUCUUCAUGAAUUAGGGCAAUUGUGAUAAAGAUAUCUUGCUAUUUAUAUUUCUUUUUCAAUAGUACAAUAUUUCUAUAAAUCAAACUCAAGAACUUAGAGAUCCGUAAAGAAAAAUAUUUUAAUAUGUAAUAUGUGUCCAAAAGACCUAUUAUUUACAAUAUUUUAUACAUUUUAUUGCUGUUGUUUGCAUUGGAAAUUGUGCUGUCAUUAGUUAAGCUAUUGUGCAGAUUUUAUAAUACAAGGAUAUGACUGUUAGAAAUAACUUUUUAGAAUUCAUUGAAUAAAAACAAAGUAUUUUGUAAACUACUGUAACAUAUUGAUUUGAUUUAAAGCAUUCAUUUGUUCAAUCUACAUUUUAUUUUAUACAUUUAUUUGAUAUAGAAAUAGAAAGGUAGAAGCAAUGUGUGAUAUAAAGUAUGCAGCAUUCACACUUUAGUUUUAAUAAAGCCUUAUUUGUCUUCCUUACUUCCCAGAGUAUAUACAGGCAAUCCACAAAGAAAGUCUGGAAAAUGGGAAGAUUGAGUGCAUUGUCUCCUCUCUGCUGUAUGCUACUAGUGAUAACAAGAUAAAUGAUAUGGAUAUUGGUCCUUGUGAGGAAGCAUCACAUUAUGUAGAACAUAGACGGCAAGAAAGGGAGCUUUAUCAUUUGUUGGAAUUCAGAAAGAUAGAAAUCCUUGAAUUUUCAAAAAGAGUAUUUUUCUUUUAUAAUUUGAACCUGCAUAUUUUAGAAAAUUGUUCCAGUGUAAUAGUGUAAAAAUAAUUCAGAAACAAUGUUGAAUAUAACAAAAUCACUGAUUUAGUUCUGAGAUACUAAUGUAUAUUUAACCAAGUAAAAUAUUCCUUAUACUGUUAAUGGAUAUAUGUAAAAAAUAACUGUAUGGUAAAAGUAGUGUAUUUAUAUAUUGAGUUCCUUUAGUAUGUAACAGGUACUUUUUUCAGUUGAGAUUGGCUCCAAAGAGUUCAUUUUCAAUUUUAUAAAUCGGUUACAUCUAUUUACUGCAACCUAUCUAUAUUCCAUCCCAAUUUCAGAAACAUUGUAUGGCUUAUAGUAUCUCUAGACAUAAUGUAAGAAUUCCUUUUAUUUAUUUAUUUAUUUAUUUAUUUAUUUAUUUAUUUAUUUAUUUAUGAGACUUAUAUACCGCUUUAAGUGCAAGCACUCUCUAAGCGGUGUACACCAGUAAGCAAUGUA